CAUUUCUAUUGCCGGUGAGUGGCACACUCCCCCAAAAUCUCCACUACCCACCGCCAGGAAGAUCCCCUCCACCACCACCACCCCGCCGUCCCCAAAUGUCCCAACCAAGCCGGCACCACCAGCAGCACCACCACUCCCACCUCCCGCCGCUCGCCGUCGCCGUGGCCGUCGCGGCCGCGCUGGCCCUGCUCCCUCCGCCGUCCGCCGCCGACCCGUACGACGAGGUGUGCCUGACGAGCCUGCAGCAGUCCCUCUCCCUGCGCAACUGGACGAAAUCCUCCUUCGCGGCGCCCUGCGACGGCUUCAUCUCCAAGCUCCAGGGCGUGACCUGCAACAACGGGCGCGUCUACAAGCUCGCCCUGCCGGGCCUCUCCCUGGCGGGCGCCAUCCCGCCGGAGCUCUCCAACUGCACCAACCUCCAGUCCCUCGACCUCUCCUCCAACGCGCUGUCGGGCGCCAUCCCGCCGGAGCUCUCCAAGCUGCUCAACCUGGCCGUGCUCAACCUCUCCGCCAACGCGCUGUCGGGCGCCAUCCCGCGGGAGCUGGCCGGCUGCGCCUACCUCAACGUCAUAGAUCUCCACGCCAACCAGCUCUCCGGCCCCAUCCCGGACGAGCUGGGCCUCCUGGUGCGGCUAUCCGCCUUCGACGUCUCCUACAACCGCCUCUCCGGCCCCGUCCCGGUCCUCCUCGCCAACCGCAGCGCCGGUGCUGGGGCGGCGGCCGCGGGCGGGACGGCGGCGAGGUUCAACGCCAGCUCGUUCGCCGGGAACAAGGACCUGUACGGGUUCCCGCUGCCGCCUCAGCGCGGCCACGGGCUAUCCGUGCUCACCAUCGUCGGCAUCGGCCUCGGCAGCGGCCUGCUCAGCCUCGUGCUCAGCUUCUCCGCCGUCUGCAUCUGGCUCCGCUCCACCGACCGCACCGCCACCGCGCCCGGCGAGGAGGGAAAGAUCUCGCACACCAUGCCCGCCUACUGAAAUCGUCAUGCUGAAUUGCUGAUGCCUGUGGGUGGCGCUGUCGCAGAUGCAACUGACGACUCAUCAACUGUUUAUUUAAUUUAACCGCAGACGAUAGAUUUUGGGGUGGUAAUCUGGUAAGGUUAGAUUCUCUGAGCCAAGAUUGGACCCUGGCGCUGGAAUGCAUGCUGGAUCGACCAGAGUCUAGCAGCGCAGCCAUCUCGUGUGUGCUGCGAUCUCAGUGUCAGAAGUUAAUCUAAUUGGAGUUAAUUUUCCAUUCUUAUCUUUAUUUUAGUACGACUCACUGGAGUGAGUGAUGAGAGGGACAGAGUUAGGCUUGAUGACGUCCACCCGUGUGUGUAGAAAAUUUGUUUUCUCCUCCAUGGCAGCGAAUUCUGACGCAGGUCUUGUUAACGAUAAUGCCAUUCUAAUCA